AUCUCUGUGCACUUUUUUUCCAUCUCAAGUUUCUCGCUGUUAUACAUUGGGAGUUGAAAUGAACUGAACUCCCGCCGAACUCUUGGAUCUCUUUCUCUCUAUCGCUACUCUGCUCAGGUAUCUGUUCUCCUCCAUUUUCUAAGUAAAGCUCUAUGGAAAUGAAGUCUUGGCGAAGCAAUUGGUUGUAUAAUAUUCUAUCCUUCUUUCUUUGAGUAUGUGAUGAUACUGAGGCUUUGAGAUAGCAGGGAUAACUUGUGGUUAUUGGAAGUUUAAGCGUAAUGGCUACGAAGCUCUCGACGUUGUUUCUGAGCUCUGGAUUUGGUUCUUUGAGCGGAAAACUAUCGGAUAAUUCACAGUUUCCUCACUCUUCCCGUUACUUGCUUAAUGCUUCAUGUAAAAUGCGACCUCGCAAUCUCAGUUCCCGGCGCAAGAGGAAACAAUUGAAGAAAGCCUCCUAUGAACAUUUGUCAGUGCAAGCUGAUUUUCAUCCAAAUGAUGACGAGGACUCUGAAACUGAAAUUGUGGUGGAGAGGGUUCCAAUUUUGAAUCAGGAGAGCUUGUCUAGUGCUGUUGUCAACACUAGCUUAGCUGUGCAGCAUGUUAGCGAGAAAGGAAUAAGUGGUCUAACUGCACCUGGUGAAACUGAACCUUCGACCGAGAAAGUUGACAUUGAAGGACCGAAUACAGGUGUUCAACUUGAAGAUUUGAUUGGGAUGAUAAAAACUGCAGAGAAAAAUAUCCUUCUACUCAACCAAGCUCGGGUUCAUGCCCUGAAAGAUCUUGAAAAGAUCCUUGCUGAAAAGGAGGAAUUGCAGAGAGAGAUCAAUGGUUUGGAAAGGAGAUUGGCAGAAACGGAUGUUCAAAUUAAAGCGGAUGACCAAGAAAAGGUACACGUGGAGCUGUUGGAAGACCAAUUUGAAAAGUUGCAGAAGCAGCUAAAUUUCAGUGGUGGUACUGAACGCAGCGACCUUGGUCUGCAUGGAAAUCAGAACAAUGUUCUUACCGAUUCUCUUACUAAGGAGCUUCAUUUACUGAGGUCAGAAAAUGUCAUCCUGAAGAAUGAUGUACAAACACUCAAGGAAGAGUUGAGUAAUGUUAAGAAUGCCAAUCAGCAUCUGGUAUUUUUGGAAAAAGAACGGUCAGUUUUGGAGGGUUCGCUGAAAGACUUGGAGCUUAAGCUGUCAACCUCUCAGGAAGAUGUUUCAGAUCUGUCUGCCUUGAAAGUUGAAUGCGAGGACUUGAGGAAGAGGGUAGAAGAUUUGCAAAUCUUGCAAGACAAGGCAACCAAGCAGGAAGAACAAGCUAUUCUGGUCUUGCAACAUAACCAAGAGCUCCAAGAAAAGGUUGAGAAAUUGGAAGAAUCCCUUGAAGAAGCUAACGUCUUAAAAUUGUCUUCAGAAAAGUUUCGGCAAGACUAUGAACUCAUGCAACAAAAAAUAGAUCUAUUGGAGGAUCGCCUUCAAAGGUCUGAUGAAGAAUUGCAGUCUUAUAUCAAAUUAUAUCAGGAAUCUGUGGAGGAGUUUCAAGAUACACUGGAUACCAUCAAAGAAGCAAGCAAGAAAACAGCAGUAGAUGAGCCUGUAAAUGAUAUGCCUUUGGAGUUUUGGAGCCGUCUAUUGCUAUUGAUCGAUGGUUGGUUACUUGAAGGGAAAAUAUCGGAUGAAGAUGCUAAACUGUUGAAAGAGAUGACAUGGAAGAGGGAUGCACGCAUUUAUGAUGCUUAUAUGGCUUGCAAGGAAAAGAAUGAACUUGAGGCCGUGGCUAUCUUUCUUAAUCUGACAUCAUCUCCUAAACGUUCAGGACUCUAUGUCAUCCACAUUGCAGCAGAAAUGGCACCAGUGGCUAAGGUUGGUGGUUUGGGUGAUGUCAUCACUGGUCUCAGCAAAGCGCUGCAAAGGAGAGGGCAUCUUGUGGAAAUUGUUCUUCCUAAAUAUGAUUGCAUGCAGUACAAUCGUAUUAAAGAUUUAAGGCUCCUGGAUAUGGUGCUUGAGUCGUACUUUGAUGGGCGGUUGUUCAAAAAUAAGAUAUGGGUUGGCACUGUUGAAGGCCUUCCCGUUUACUUUAUUGAGCCUCAUCAUCCUGAUAAGUUCUUCUGGAGAGCUCAGUAUUAUGGGGAGCAUGAUGACUUUAAACGUUUUUCAUAUUUCAGCCGUGCUGCACUUGAGUUACUCCUACGGGCUGGCAAGAGACCUGAUAUAAUACAUUGCCACGAUUGGCAAACAGCAUUCAUUGCUCCAUUAUAUUGGGAUUUGUACUACCCGAAAGGAUUGAAUUCUGCAAGAAUUUGUUUUACUUGCCACAACUUUGAGUAUCAAGGAACCGCCCCUGCUUCAGAUUUGGCUUCUUGUGGCCUUGAUGUUGACCAGCUAAACAGACAAGACAGAUUACAGGAUAAUUCUGCUUAUGAUAGGAUCAACCCUGUUAAGGGUGCAGUUGUCUUCUCUAAUAUUGUCACAACAGUAUCACCUACCUAUGCUCAAGAGGUGCGGAGAGCUGAGUUUUUGUCUUCCGGGGCACUGAGAUUGACAUCCAUUGGGCUACAGGGAGGACAUGGUCUCCACUCAACGCUUAAUUUUCAUUCGAAGAAAUUCUUUGGCAUUCUUAAUGGAAUUGAUACUGAUGUGUGGAAUCCUACUACCGAUUCAUUUAUCAAAGUCCAAUAUAAUGCAAAUGAUCUUGAGGGUAAGGCUGAAAAUAAAGAUGCUAUAAGAAGGCAUCUAGGGCUGUCUUCCAUUGUCAGAAAACCUCUGGUGGGCUGCAUAACAAGAUUGGUGCCCCAGAAGGGUAUACAUCUUAUCAGGCAUGCAAUAUACAGAACGUUGGAGCUGGGAGGACAGUUUGUUCUUCUGGGUUCAAGCCCAAUUCCUCAUAUUCAGAGGGAAUUUGAGGGUAUUGCUAAUAAUUUCCAGAGCCAUGAUCAAGUUCGGUUGGUGUUGGCAUAUGAUGAGUCUCUUUCUCAUUGGAUUUAUGCGGGAUCUGAUAUGUUAAUAAUUCCAUCUAUCUUUGAGCCAUGUGGCCUCACUCAGAUGAUUGCAAUGCAAUAUGGUUGUAUUCCUAUUGUACGGAAAACUGGCGGCCUGAAUGACAGUGUCUUUGAUGUUGACGAUGAUACAAUUCCAGCUGAGUUGCGAAAUGGAUACACAUUUUUGACCCCUGAUGAGCAGGGGUUGAAUAAUGCACUGGAACGUGCCUUUAACCACUACAUUAAUAACCCAGGCGGUUGGCAGCAGCUGGUUCAGAAGGUCAUGGACGUAGAUUUCAGCUGGGAAACUUCCGCUACGCAGUAUGAGGAUCUUUAUUCAAAGUCAGUGGCACGAGCAAGAGCAGUUGCCGCAGGUCGUGCAUAAGGAAAGCGUCACUUCUAUUUUUGUUUUUUCAAUCUGUUAUUCAUACUCUAGAGUUCCUCCGUGGAGAGUGCCAGAGCAAACUGUGGUGGAAUAUAUAAUCAUCAAUUUGGUGGCUGAUCCAUGCUUAUGCUGCGAUGGAAACCUCUGAAUUGGUCACUGAUGAAAACAAAUUCAUGUACACUAGACGGGACACUUAGUCCCUUCUGCCGAAAGGAGAGAGCUGUUGCUUGAUAAUCAUGAUGGCAACGGCAAUCAUAAUUCAUGGACCUGCUUUUCUUGCUAUAAGGCCAGGGGAAAACCUGCCAUUGUUUUACCUUUUUUUUUUUUUUUUAACCAAUAUGUAGAUAA